CCCCGGUGCACAGCGGCGCGCCGACUGGAUGCCACACGCACCACCGCGUAACGGUAAACAAACGUCUCGUUCAUCACGCCAGUUACGGUAGGAAAGCUGGAAAGUGUAUUUGAAGACCUGGUCUACCUGCAGCGCCUCUGCGCCAUGCCCACUCUUUAGCCAACUUCACCAGAAGUUUGGCAAGCUACGCUCGCUAUCCCAGGUGCUUCCCCUGCGACCUUCUCGUCUGUGUGUGGUGAGUGUGUAUAUGAAAAACUGGUGCUGGUUCUGAGGUGUCUCUGAGGAGAAGUGUUCUCGUGGAUAUCGUCGUCAUCCAGCACAGCAGCGAAAAUGGAGAGGAUGGAAGAUGAUAAGCCGAAGAAGAAAGUAACCUGCUACCUCGUCUACUGCGUGUGCACAGCGGUUAUUGGCUCUCUGCAGUUUGGCUACAACACUGGUGUCAUCAAUGCCCCUGAGAAGGAACUGCGCGACUUCUUACGGAAUGUGUCUACGGAGCGGUACGGAGAGCCCUUCAGCACAGGAACCAACACAAUGGUGUGGAGCUUUGCUGUGGCCGUCUUCAGUGUGGGUGGCAUGGUAGGAUCCCUCUCUGUGGGAGCCAUAGUCAACAAAUUUGGCAGGCGUAGGUCCAUGCUCAUGUCCAAUGUUCUUGCCUUGUUGGGUGGGGCCCUGAUGGGACUGUCCAACCUGAGUCGCUCCUUUGAGAUGAUAAUCUUCGGCCGGUUGGCCAUCGGUCUGUACUGUGGUCUGGUUACGGGACUGACGCCCAUGUAUGUGGGAGAGAUCUCGCCCACCGCCCUGCGAGGCGCCUUUGGAACGUUGCACCAGCUGGCGGUGGUCAUUGGCAUUUUGGUGGCACAGAUUUUAGGUCUGGAUUCUCUGCUGGGCUCAGAGAGCCUGUGGCCUCUGCUGCUGGCCCUGACAGCCCUGCCCGGCAUCCUGCAGGCCGUCAUGUUGACUUUUUGUCCAGAGAGCCCCCGAUACCUCCUCAUCAGCCUCCACCAAGAGGAGGAAGCAGAAAAAGUGCUGGUGCGUCUUCGUGGUUCGGAGGAUGUGAGCGAUGACAUUCAGGAGAUGAGGAAAGAGGCGAAUAAGAUGGCCAUGGAGAAGAAGGUGUCCAUCCCUGAACUCUUCCGUUCACCGGUCUACCGUCAGCCAAUCAUCAUCGCCAUCGUCCUCCAGCUCUCCCAACAGCUGUCUGGUAUCAACGCCGUCUUCUAUUACUCCACGGGAAUAUUCGAGACUGCCGGGGUAUCCCAACCCAUCUACGCCACCAUUGGAGCUGGAGUCGUCAACACCGUUUUCACGGUGGUUUCUCUCUUCCUGGUUGAGAAGGCAGGGCGAAGGACCUUGCAUCUGAUAGGACUGGCUGGAAUGGCGAUCUCUGCCCUCUUAAUGACCAUCUCCCUCUCUUUGGUGACCAAAACCCCAUCGUUGAGCUACUUGGCCAUAGUUGCGGUGUUCGGCUUUGUCGCCAGUUUUGAGAUGGGUCCGGGUCCCAUUCCUUGGUUCAUUGUGACCGAGCUCUUCUCCCAGGGCCCGCGGCCAGCUGCCAUUGCCGUGGCUGGAUUCUCCAACUGGACCGCUAACUUCCUGGUGGGCCUGACUUUCCCCAAGCUGCAGGAAUGGUGUGGGUCUUACGUCUUCAUCAUCUUCAUAAUCUUCCUCAUUCUCUUCUUCAUCUUCACCUUCCUGCGUGUGCCUGAGACCAAAGGGCGAACCUUUGAUGACAUCGCCCAGGGAUUUGCCGCCAGCGCAGCCAAAUCCUCCCCGUCUGCCGUCCCGGACGAGAUGGUGAUGGGCAUGUCUGUGCCGGAGAGCAAAGGACCCGUCCCCAUUUCCCCCACAGAAAAGGUCCCCAUGGCAGAUCUUCCCCCCGAGAAGACAGGGGCGCCUCUCAACCCUUAGGGAGAGGAGGGGGGAGGGGGGGAUCGGGGUAGGUGAUAGAGAACAGGUCAUAGACAGCAUGAGGAUGUCCAUUUUUCAAACUGUAUUGUCCUCGUUACAAUGGGCACCUUGUAGGUAGGAUGCCAGAUUGGCGGUGUCACCGAGGGAAGAUAACAGCGCAGCUUUGUGACAAUAAGUGUGUAUUGGAAAAAAAAGAAAAUGUGUCAUUUCUAAAUCAGUGCGACUUGAUAUUGAAACAGCGUUUAAUUUCUUUUUUUUUAAAUGUCUGCAUUUGUUUACUUGUGCACCACAGUAGUGGAUCCAGCUCUGUAAGACUCCCCCCCCCCCCAAAAAAAAGUACGCUUUUCAUUUUGACUAUUAUAGCUGUUACAGAUGCCAAAAUGAUUGAUAACACACAGUGUGAGUCUGCUUAAAACAUGCAGCAGACUUAAUUCAGUUACCGCUACUUCAUCUUUAUUGCCACUCAAAGCGGCAGCCUGCAGAGUAUUGAUAUGCAAGAGGCUCAGCAUAUGUUCAGUGUUAAUCCCUCGGUCUUAAAUUGCCUCGCGUGCUAAAGACGUAGAGGAUUUAGGAUUGAGUGUACUGAGGUCAAGCUAGGAAAGCCAGUUUUUGGGGGCCAUUAAGUUUGACCUAAAAGUUUGCCGUCUGCUUGCUAGGCGUGCCUUGUUCCCAGUUGAGGGACACCGCGUCUGCCUGAGCAGACAGACUAAACAGGGAGGAGAUAGCAGUCUCGUUCCCACCCAGGUCUGCCGCAGCUAGCUAGCUAAAACCUGCCCCUGAAUAUUAAAGCUGUUAUGAGGAGUUUGAGAUUUUUUUUUCUGUUUGUGCCCCCCUGUGGACAAAAGCGGUAGUGCUUCUCAUAAGGACUGCCUCUUAUUGCAAAGAUCUCCAUUCACCCUCUGGUAGCUUUUGUUUUGGGGAGAAGAGUGAGUGAUGUAGUGGUUUUAUGGGAAAAAAAGCUGUCUGCAGGAUGCAGAGCGAUGAGGUGAUGCAUCUGUAAUUGUGGCACACAGCGUAUACUUGUUCACUGAGAAGUGUUUUAUGCUAGCCCUAAAUGCCCUCGCUGCCCUCCUGCACGGCACAUGCUCCAACUGCUUUUUGUGCAUCUCUGACGUGUCACUGUGGUGGCGUCUACUCUGAGAGAGAUGUGACAUGCAUUGGUAUGGUCUCCCCUUAUGGUGACUUACUCGGGGACAGAAGUACACCAGAACGUAGUACAAUACUGGCAUUAUCAGGAAUUAAGUUGUUGGGGUUUUUUUUCUCAACUGUUCGAUGUUAACCUGCCUCUUGUGCCUGAUGAUUGCGAAACAGAACUAUGCUACGAUGACAGAACUACUGCUAUAUGAAUCAGAGUAUUGUACAAUAUUUAUCAGAGUAUUAGCACAUGAGAGAGUGUAUGUGGCGCUUUUGAUGCCUUUUAACUCAGGUGUAUGGCAAAUCAUGCUACGUACUAAAGAGGGUCAGUAUCCAAGCAGUGAACUACUGUAUCACGGCACAGAAGAUGCCUUUUGUCAAACACUGUACUUGAAACUUCUGUGAUAUCGGUUAUGUUUUACCUUUCAAAACUGUUAAGUCAAAAAAUUCUUGCCACUAUCGACCAGUAGAAAACAAAAAGACCUCGACUCUAAUCCGCACAGAGAACAAAAAUUACACUUGGAUCUUGUUUAGAGAGCACGGUUGAAGAAAAAAAUUCUGGGCAACACUUUAACCACUCAUUCCAAUGAAAAACGCUGAAUCCGCCUCUUGGGUCCAAACGGAUCCAGUCUGACAUCACAGCCGUGUGGGAAGGUCAUGUGGACACACUUAAUGGAUUGUGUUUUUGUAUUUGCUUCAUGAAUGACGCGGGGUAUACAUCCCAUCAGUUGUAAUCAUGAAAUCGUCUGUAAAUCUGAUUCGUGGCGGGCGUCUGGGUGGAACGGCGGUCUAUUCCGUUGCCUACCAACAUGGGGACGACGGGUUCGAAUCCCCCGUGUUACCUCCGACUUGGUCGGGCGUCCCUACAGACACAAUUGGCCGUGUCUGUGGGUGGGAAGCCGGAUUUGGGUAUGUGUUCUGGUUGCUGCACUAGCGCCUCCUCUGGUCAGUAGGGGCACCUGUUCAGGGGGGAGGGGGAACUGGGGGGGAAUAGCGUGAUCCUCCCACGUGCUACGUCCCCCUGGUGAAACUCCUCACUGUCAGGUGAAAAGAAGCGGCUGGUGACUCCACAUGUAUGGGAGGAGGCAUGUGGUAGUCUGCAGCCCUCCCCAGAUCAGCAGAGGGGGUGGAGCAGAGACCAGGACUGCUCGGAAGAGUGGGGUAAUUGGCCAAGUACAAUUGGAAGAAAAAGGGGGAAAAUAAUCCCCCCCCAAAAAAAUGAUUCGUGGCAAGAACCCCUGGUUGAAGAUCCUCCGGUCGACAUCUUGUACAUAACUGUAAUUACUUCCCUGUGCUCAUCUGCUUGCUAGCUACGUGAACGCCAAUUUCUUACCGUGCACUUUUUUUUAAAACAUCUCAGCUUACAGCGUUUGCACUUACUCUUAGUUACGAAUGACGCACGUUGUGUGUCAAGUGUGAACGUUUCUUCUGACGUCGUCUCACGGCAGAGUUACUCGUUCUCCAUAAGCCAUGUAAAGUCCAGACCACGGCCUCUGUUUUCUACUAUAUCUACUAUACGUUGCGCUCUGGAACUAAUACCCAACGUUAACAUGGUGCCUCGCUGUUCUCCUUACGACAGUCAGAAGUGUUGCACACAUCUCUUUUGUACGUGUAUGUUUUGCAUUGUCAUCCACACUAAAAUGUGUAUUUUUUUUCUGCAGAAAAUCUGGGAUGAAGAGUGAAAAUAUAGUUUAUUGCAUUGUAAAAAAUGUUUCCCUUUGGUGUAUUAACGAGCCACUCUCGCUCCGAAGAACGAAAAGGAAAUAAAAUUGUUCUCAUUUCCAGGGAAUGCACUGGUGACAUUUUAAUUUGGUUUACCAUAACCAGUCGAAGCAGCUUUGUUCCUCUCACUGUUUAAUGCACUCUAUGCACUCUGCAGCCCGUGUCUUCCUGUGCUCAGCUGAGAGUGUGGUCGCUUUCCUCCGGUGGCUUUCCCUAUUUUGGGGCGAGUAUUUCUCCUCCGCCAUGCCAAAACGUCACCCUAAAACGCUGAAAUAAAAGCUAAAAGUUACCAAACUGAGCGGCAGAGAAGGUUUUUGCUCUGUGGCUGUUGUGCAUUAUGUGUGGACUGAGUCUGCAGUCUUGGCUGGGCGGUGAGUUCCAGGGUUUGGUUGGGAGAAGGGGAGGGAGG